UUAAAUGCAGCAAAUUAAACGUGCGCAGAAAGGGUUUCGUUAGUGAGUCGUCAGAAUACGUACUUUUUUUUGUCUUUCUCUUGAUUUAGACCACACAUGCACGCAUAAUAAAGACGUUGCUGUAAAGUUCCGAGUGCCCAUGGACGCAUUUCACGGCGGCCUAGUGACAAUGAGAUGACGACAUGUGUCUGUGUACGGGGUGUAUCAAAAAAAAGUUGACUCUCCAAAAAUAGCCGCUAAAGUUACAAUGGAAUAUUUAGGUAAUGGCUUCAUUUUAUUGUAACAUGCAUACAAGUUACAAUGGAAUACAUCACAUGGUUCAAUUUGUAGUUGCACAUGUCCAAAAGGAGCAGGAAGAAGCAAAGCUUAGUUAAUCCUACCCCUCUUUCACAUCAAUUGCGAUACAUUUAUUCACUUCCGUGAUGCCGGUGCAUUAAUUACACUACAAAUAUUAACGUCACUGACUAAGUUACCACCGAACAACCCUAAUAGAAAUAAAUUGUGUUUUAAGAUCUUAUCAUUGCUUUUUUUUACACCAAAAAAGAACUUUCAAUUAAUUUUUUUGUAUUUCAAAAUGCAAUUCAUAUCAACUAUUGUUUUUGUCUUUUAAUUCCCACUCAAUAAACGAAAAUUAUGACCAAAAGUUACACGGACUGGAUGACCAGUUGGACUUAGUUUUCAUGUCACUUUCUGGUUUGUGCUUUUUAUUUUUGAUUUGUAUUUACUGUUGGCGCGAUGUGCAGCUCUUAGGGGUCGCUGGAACGUCAGUAGUCAACGCCACUGUUUAGGUGGAGCCGCGUUACGCACAAAGAGCAAAACGUCACCUUUUCCACGCAUUGCAAACUGCAUAUUUACAAUCCCAGGGCAAAACGUGGAAUUCCAGACGGCGGACGUACUGAGCUCGUUGCUCUGUGGAGAACGUCAUCAUUCCAUGAGUAUGCUCUGAUAUCUCAACUUCUGUGCCAAUAUCGGUAUCAGACAGCCCUAGCCAUUACCUAUGCUAUGAAUAUUGUCAUUCAUUUCCCAGUGGCUAUAAAUCAGUGGCAUCCAAAGUGCGGACCGGGGGCCAUUUAUGGUCUGCAGCUCUUUUUUUGGCCCUCAGGAUAUUUUAAAAAUGAAAUCAUUAUUAAUGAGAUAUAUUAGAUAUCAGAAAGACACUACUUUUUCUUUUGUUACCGGUAACACAAAUAUACCUUGGCAUAUAUUGACCCACAUUAGAUUGUUACAUUUGUGGCCCCCCUGCAUUCUUUCUCCGUAUGCAGCCUUCACUGGAAAAAGUUUUGGACACCCGUGCUGUAAAUGUAUAAAUUUGCAAGUAUUAACUUUGACAAGUUGAUUGGUCAUGCCUGUUCAUUGGGGGCACAAAGAUGUCAUUAAAAAAAAAGGUGACUGUUGUAAUUCGGAGUGGCUGGCACACACGUUGUAUUGAAUAAACAGCCGGCGCGUCCUCUCCAAAAAGCACAAGUUUGUGAGUUGUUGUCCUGCAAAGAGUGACUCUGUAUGCCCUAUACCUCGGACGCUACAUUAACCAUCUCUUGUGGUAGAAUCAGUGGGUUCAAUUUGGGUGUCAUCCAGAGGCCUGACUAUGACGACACACCCACACCAGAGUUCUUCAACCCAUCAUGGAUGUCCACCCUCCCCGACAACCGGUCUCUCUCUGAGGUCACCAUACCGGGGACCCACAACACCGCAGCGCUGUACGGCGGCGUCUAUGCCGAGUGUCAGUCGUGGAGCCUGCCCUCCCAGCUCCAGGCAGGCGUCCGCUUCCUGGACGUGCGUGUCCACCACUUGGACGGCGUCCUCAACAUCCACCAUGGGGUGAUGUACCAGAAGGCCCACUUUGGCGACGUGCUGCGGGACGUGGUCAACUUUCUGAACAAGUACCCGAGCGAGACCGUACUGAUGCGCAUCAAGGAGGAACAGAGCAAGACCAACAGCAUCUACACGCCCGUGGUGAAGUACAUCCAUCGCUAUGCCAGGUGGGAUCUGCUGUGGCACAGCCGCCAAGUGCCCACCAUGGGCCAAGCUCGAGGGAAGCUCAUUAUCCUGCAGGACUUCUAUGGGACUGAGUUGGGGAUGAACUACAAGUCAAUGGAUAUAGCUGAUGACUGGAAGGUUCCCUCACUUGCGCAAGUGCCUGACAAGUGGCAGAGCGCGUACAACCACCUGGAGGCCGCAGCUGUGGGCAGCAAGGCGCAGAUGUUUCUCACCUUUAGCAGCGGCGCCGGCAUAUCUGCAUUCCCCAGGUCGGUGGCACAACGCAUCAAUCCUAAACUCUACAAGUACCUGAUGGCCAAGAAGAACAAGAACCAGUGUUUUGGAAUCAUAUGCAUGGACUUCCCGUCUGCCCCCAUGAUUCAAAGCAUCAUUAACUUCCAGCUGAAGGAGGACGAAGAACAAGACUCCGUCCUUUAAGAUUUUCCAUCAUUUCACUCAUGCUACUAGCAUAAACAUAAAUGCAUGAUUUCAUCAUUUUAUUAGUGCUAAUAACAUCCGUCCAUACAUUUUCUAUGCCGGGUAGCAUCAUUCCGCCCAGGGUGUCAAGCCAGAACCGCCUUGAGCCUGGACAAGUCGCUAGCCAAUUGCAGGCAAUGCUAAUAACUUAAUAACCAUACAUAUGAUUGUUCAUAAGAUUGUU